UCGGCCCGCUGUGCUCCGGCCUGCUAGCUGCCUGGCCGGUAUCAGCUUAGGGUUCCUCCCUUCCCGUAUAAAAGCCUUCCUCCGCGCCGCCACGCCGUUCUCUCUUCUCUGGCCAUUCCUCGUCUCGCUCGCUCGUCGCCGCCGCCGCCGCCUUCUUCGGGUUCGCUCGCCAGCGGCAGCCAUGGUGAAGUACUCGAGGGAACCGUCCAAUCCCACCAAAUCCGCUAAGGCUAUGGGUCGGGACCUGCGUGUGCACUUUAAGAACACACGUGAGACCGCUUUUGCCAUCAGGAAGCUGCAGUUGAGCAAGGCUAAAAGGUAUCUUGAGGAUGUGAUUGCCCACAAGCAAGCCAUUCCCUUCCGAAGGUACUGUGGCGGUGUUGGACGUACAGCACAAGCUAAGUCCCGCCACUCGAAUGGUCAGGGACGUUGGCCUGCCAAGUCUGCUAAAUUCAUUUUGGAUCUUCUCAAGAAUGCAGAGAGCAAUGCUGAAGUUAAGGGAUUGGAUGUCGAUACGCUGUAUGUGUCGCAUAUUCAGGUGAACCAAGCUCAGAAGCAGCGGCGCCGGACUUACCGUGCUCAUGGGCGCAUCAACCGUGAGUUCAAAUUAUAUUUUCAUUGGUUUUUGUAUCACUCGAUUAUAGUAUUGGAGUGUUCUCAUGUCCUCCUUGAUAACAUCCCACAGCUUACAUGUCUUCCCCAUGCCACAUUGAGCUGAUGCUUUCAGAGAAGGAAGAGCCAGUGAAGAAAGAGGCUGAGACCCAAAUUGCACCCAGGAAGGCCUAGAAGAUAUGAAGCCUUGUUUAGUAUCAGUUAGAGUGAACCGAUCGCCUGUAUCUCGUUUUUUCUGUACUGUUGAUGCAUACUUCAUCGAUACCCAGAAUGGAACAUUUAUUUCUGCAGUUGUGACCACAUCCCCAGAAUGAGAAUGUUGCCUCAGUAGAUUUCCUCAUUUAUAAUCCAACUAAACUACCUCGGUGCUGGAUUUUGUACAAUCGUUAUCUCCUUGACUAAGAGCGAUCAUUAGGUCAGCACAUCA